AUGGUAAUAUAUAUCAUCGUCGUCCUCGGCAUCCUGUGGGGUGGUCGCUGUUGCUCCUUCCGCCAGCGGAUCCCGUGGUUUGAGGCCCUCGGUCGGGUGGAUCGAGGAUUUGACAUCGAAGACUUCGCCGGGAUCGAGUUUGAUCUGGCCGAUCGCGUUGAGAUCCCGGAAAGUGCCCACGCGAUUUCGAAAAAAGUCGCAGGCCUGAUCAAGGGCCUCCUGGCCGCCGAGAUCAUCCGACCCUCGACAUCGCCACGGGCCUCACCGAUUGUGAUUGUUCGCAAGAGUAACGGCGUGGAUACCAGGCUGUGCAUCGACUACAAGCUGGUAAACAACCUCACGAGGUUGAUGGUCUAUCCUAUGCCUCUGAUCAGCGAUUUGCUAGAUAAUCUUGAUAAAGCACUAUGGUACUGCUUACUGGGUAUGACCAGUGGCUUCUGGGUCGUGCCGAUGACGGAUCGGGCUCGUGAGAUCUCAGCAUUUAUCACUUCGUUUGGCCUAUUCGAGGGGAGCCGUAUGCUCUUUGGACUGAAAAAUGUCCCCCAGAUCUAUCAACGCCUCGUAGACAACGCGCUAUCAUACAUUGAUGACAUCACGAUCGCAGCGGAAUCGUGGGAUCAAAUGUGCCAAAGGUUGGAAGAUCUGUUGGAGGCUUGUGAUAAGUGGAAUUUAUCGAUCCGUGUGACCAAGAGCUUCUGGGGCAUGGAUAAGGUAGGAUACUUGGGACAUCGAGUGUCGAUCGGAGGUCUGGAGGCGAAUCCAAAAGAUCUGAAAUCCCUGACCGACCUAUCAUUCCCCGGAUCACUUCGAUCUAUGCAGUCGUUCCUGGAUAGUUUGAAUUACUACAGCCGAUUCAUUGAAGACUACGCUAUCUACGCUUCGAUACUAUACGAAUUGCGCGAAGUUGAGUUUGCAGAACUGGAGAAACGAUCGGAUCUGAGGAAUAUCAUGGAUCAGAACGACCCGAUUGCUCGAGAUCACGGUCCACCGGAACUGCCGUUGGCGGAAUCAGUAGACGAGAGUUUUGACGGAUUCGCUCGAGUUAAGCGUGGCGGAGGCACGUUCAUCGCGAUCGUGUGGAGCCUGCCCGGAUGGGAGGUGGUCAAAGCUAGAUCGGGCUAUCUCGAGAGCCUCGCUGUGAAUGAAGCCAAAUAUAACGGCCUGAUCCUGGGACUCGAAAUGCUAGAGAACCUAGAUCACAAACGCCUAGUGGUCUACGGUGAUUCCAACUUUGUGAUCCGACAACGGAAGGCCCUCGAUCGCCUGCGGAAAUGGAGCGAUCACGAACUGGUGCAUGUGAAGAGAGACUGGAAUCGGAGCACCGACAGUCUGGCGAGUGCCGUUUUGCAACGACAAGGCGGGACCGAGGUCCAGAAAGGUCCCGGGUACCAGGAUCUGGUCACUUUCAACCGGUUGGACGAGAUCUUGAUUCCCAGGAUCGAGAAACCAGUGGUGCGAGUUGCAGCGGUUACCACCCGAGGUUCACAAGAGGAGGAAGUCUGGAUCGCAGGCAUGAAGAAGUAUCUGAGUGGCGCGAUCACAGACCUCACUCAAGCAGAAGCAAGGUCGUACGGCAAGAUCGCGGCCGAUUACGAGGUGGACGAGCAGGAUCUACUCUUUUACUGCCUUCCCACGCCGAGAUCGGGGGAUGAUCGUGACCGAUUGCUGAGACUGGUGGUCCCCGAAACGCUGCAAUCGGACGUCUUACACCACUAUCACACCACGUUGGAAGGAGGACAUCAGGGACGAUAUGUGGGGGAAUGCGUGGGCUGUGAAACGGGAAAAGGAAAACCCGUGAUCCGAGGUGAAUCAUCAGGGAACUUGCAGGCGACAUUCCCGUUCCAGAUCAUUGCGAUUGAUCACAUACCUUCGCUACCCAGAUCCCACAAGGGGAAUACAGAGCUAUUGAUCUGGGUCGAUCUGUUCACAGAAUACGUGAUCGCGACAGCUAGCUCGUCCCGAUCGGCCCAGACGGUCGCGGAAUCAACGAGGCUGGACUUAGGGUUUGGCUAUCUAGACCGGGUGAGGGAAGGAUACGCGCGGAAAUUGGCUCACCUGUGGCAUGGGCCUUUCCGUGUCGCCAACAACAUCAACGAAUUCCGCAUCAAGCUCGAGAUCGCUGGUACGGGGUACCAGAUCUUCCCGGUAAUUCACGUGUCGAAGCUGAAAUUGGUCAAGGACUUCCCGGAUCGGCCGCGAGUUGAACUCACUGUAAACGAAUCGGAUCGCUUCGACUUCGAUGAGAUCGUGCUCCCGGAGGAUGGCUGGGUCCCAGAUCUCGGGGCCGAUGAGUACGAAGUCGAGCGGAUUUCGGAUGUGCGGAGAUAUGACGAUCCGACCUGGGUCGACGAAGCCGAUCUCAACUUGGGGGCAAUGCUGAACGCCUUCCUGCGAGAACGAGCUAAUCGAAACCGCUUCAAUGUGAUGCAGUCUCAUGAGGAGAUGUAA